AUGAAUACCGUGAAGACAGGUGUUCUCGACAAGGCAAACGCGUUCGCAGAGCAGGAAUUGGAGCACGAGUCUGAGCAAGCAAGCGCAGAGAGGAAGGCCAACGGCAGUCCCGGUGGGAUGCAGGCAACCAAUGAGGAAACCAUUGCUGCUGCCAUCACACAGUUGAAUAGCCACCAACACCAGCGGGACCACGACCCAGUGCGCACGGAACAACAGUUCAAGGAUACGUACGGGUUUGAUUUCCGGGACUUCUCCAUGAACCCGUGUCUCAAACCGACUCUGGAUACGUCCAUCAAAGACGACAGCUUGAACCCCAAGACUGCGGCCAGGUUUGACAACUGGCUACGCCUGUCUCCAUUUGGCAUCUGGGUCACGAAGUAUGCCACCUCCAAGCCGUACGCACAGUGCAAGUAUUCCCACUGUCAGUUGCAGUUCAAGUUCGACGGACACGCAAACACGUCCAAUAUUAUCAAGCAUAUGAAAAGGCGCCACAAGGAUGACUACCAGCUUUUUAUAUCCCUGCUGGGACGCGACCAAAAUCGCAAAACUUCUUCUGCGGCCAUCGGGAACACUUUCGAAAAUUCGGCAAAUGGAUCGGCGAGCGGUUCCAUCGCUACUCGCAAGGCCUUCACAAUGCGCAAAGAGCUAGCCCCAUUUUUGAACAGCAAACAAUUUCCUCAAAGGCAACUGAAUGUUUUUAUCGACUCUCUAUUGCCGCUGAGCACAGCUAGCUCUUUUGCUCAGUUUUUGAAAGCCUGCAACUUUAAUAACGCGGAGUUUCUGCUGACGCCAGACGAUCUUGUCCUGAAACUCGAUGAGUAUUACCACGAAUUCCAAACCCAGCUCAAGGAAACUUUGGCUGCCACGUCAAUGGUGAACGUUAUUCUAGAUGUUUGGUCAGGUACUGGCAACAAGAUGUUUGUCGCCAUUAUGGUUUCUUUCUGUCCGAACUUGACUCUGGUAGAUCAAGUCUUGAAACGCGAAUCAAUCACAGCGAAAACGGGCCCCAAUGUUCACGUAUUGGAUUUGCUCGAGGUGGAAGAGAGUUUAAGAUCACUACUUCCUCUCACUAUUCAGACUCUUUCUGAUUAUGGAAUUCAAAGUAAGGUUGGUUCUAUUACUUUAGAUGCCGGCUCAAGCAACAACCCAGCCCUUGCUGAUUUACCCGACAAGCUCAGGUCAAGUUUACAGGUGGAUCAACCGAAAUCCUUAAUCGAAAUUAGAAGUCUGAGUCACACCCUAGAGAGUGUCGCUCAGCUUUUAAUCCAGGUCUUCCAAGAAAACUACCCGCUCAUUACCUCAAGGAUUGAUGGGCUAACAGAUGUGCUCGAGAGUAAUAUACUCCUGAGACAUAAGUUCAAGAGUUACUUGCAUGCUGCAACACCACUUCAUGCAAAUUCAUUUUUUGGCACCAUUUCGCGAUAUAAUCGCAUGUGCGAAUUUCUCAAGACAGAAGAGGAUCUCAAGACAUUUUACUCUCAAAACUUGGGAAACGACGCGUAUGGUUUGAAAGCGGAGCAUAAAAAGUUUUUCGUUUGUUCUACCGAUGAGGUCGCUGUUUUGUCAAUAUUCCUAAAGACAAUUGCGAUUUUCUUCGACUAUAUCAAGCUUCUAGAAAAUGAUAGCGUGAACAUGCUCCCUAAUGGUAUCGAUUACUACCUACAGGUUGGCCAGUUUUUCCAGGCGAGCGAUCGAAUCUUAAGCGGAAUCUACGAGGAACAGGAUAUAGUGAUAUGCGGGCUGAGAGAAGAAGACAUGAUGUCCAUCAGCGAGGAUGCCAGAAAUAACAUUUUCACCAUCAUCUCCACUUGUGGUUCAUUCUUUAAUACCCAACUAGAGUGGGUGCUGCAACAAGGCGGCUUUUGGGUGGCCCACAUGCUACAACCCCAUUGCAAGACUAACAGGCUAUCGGAUAAUUUUGACGACAGACAGUUCAAAGAGGCCGUCUUGCAAAAUGCUUCCACUUACAUCGAGCACUACACCAAGACGAACGCGGCGACAUUGUCGCAUGGUAUGAUGGACAAUGAUAUUGCUCGUGGCAAUCCAAAUAGGGUUACUAAACCCGACUCUUUAAAAAGAAGGCGGGCUGAAUUGGAUUUGACUGGAGAAGAAGCUUUGGUCAACUUUACGGAACACGAAUUGGGUUCGCGUUCCGAAUGGGCCUCAUUUUUGGCAGAACCUGCCGAGGAAAGUGCCGAUUUUGUAAAAUACUGGCUAAAGAACCAGAAAAAAUUCCCGUCGCUUGCCAAGCUAGCCCUAUCACUGUACAACAGCAAGCUCUCUUCAAACAAAGUAGAGUCAUGGUUUCAUGUUGGCCGAGACGCAAUAGGCGAAGGCAUAUCGCAAGCCACUAUGAGUCUCAAACAGGCGUUCAUACUAAGAAAUCGGUUGAUAUGCUUUGAACCUGGCCACAAGCUAAAUUUCGUCGAUUUCGUGGCCGCUCAUCAAUGGGCUACCGACGAGAACCGGGCUCUGGGUUCAGCUGACGGAAUUUAA